GGGGACGUCGGGUACCCGGGGUUCCCCGGGGUUUCAGGACCUGUCGGCUUUCAGGGGGCACCAGGACUGCGAGGUGUAAAGGGAGACCGGUCGCCCGUUCCCCUCUAUCUGGAUAUUAAAGGAGAACCGGGACCACGAGGACCACCUGGACCAGAGGGACUGAGUGGAGACCCAGGUGAACCCGGCCUGCCAGGACCCCCAGGACCCUCUGGACUUCCUGGACGUCCCGGGUCAGCGGGGACCGCCGGAGAAAAGGGUCAGGAGGGGCCCAGUCCCGUGGUCCCGGGGCCCCGAGGAUUCAAGGGUGACCGCGGCCCCCCAGGGAUCCCGGGACAGAAAGGAAUCAAACUGUAUGCUGAAGGACCCAGAGAACUGAAGGGAGAACCAGGUGAAGUUGGAAUUAAAGGUUGUCGUGGACUUCUGGGGUUGCCGGGGAAACGGGGGGAUAAAGGUGCCAAGGGUGGGCGAGGUGAUCCCGGCUCCCUGGGUAAACCGGGGAAGGACGGACUCCCAGGAGAUCUAGGAGAACAGGGAGACGCCGGGGAUUCUGGGUACCUCGGUCCUCCGGGGAUUGAAGGAGCCAGGGGAGAGAAAGGAGACCGGGGGGGACCAGGUCUUCCAGGAGAGAUGGUCUGGAUCCCGACGUUUGUGCAGGGCCAGCGGGGGGUCCCCGGGCCCCGAGGCCCCCCAGGAGUCCCAGGAGAACAAGGACUCAUCGGGUUUCCUGGUCUGAUGGGCGUCCCAGGUGUGGCUCCCACGGGUCCACCGGGCCCCCAGGGGCCACCUGGCUCACUGGGAAGCAAAGGAGAAAUGGGAGAGCCGGGGCCCCUCACCGUCGGGCCCCCAGGACAGGACGGGGUCCCGGGAAGGCGUGGAGUCGAAGGAGAACCUGGAGAACCAGGAAUACCAGAGUUCCUGCCGGGAGGUGCUGGUUCUCCUGGAGCUAAAGGUCUAAAGGCACCGUGGGGUUCCCUGCAGCAGCAGAGUGCGAAGGGCGAGGUGUGCUUCGCCUGUUCACCUGUCCUCGGCGACCCCGGACCCCCGGGUCCACCAGGAGAGCCAGGGGAAGACGGGGUGGACGGAUCAGACGGUUUUCCAGGACCCAAAGGACACAAAGGAGUCAAAGGUGUUGAAGGACCACCUGGUCCACAGGGCCCGUUUGGCAUGCCCGGCCUCCCGGGGACCCCGGGACCUGUUGGCGACCCUGGGAUCAUGCAGAGGGUCGGGCAGAAGGGCGAGGAUGGGGACGUGGGGCAGCCGGGACUGCCCGGUUUUGAUGGGACAGACGGAUCUUCUGGAUUCGCAGGACCGAAAGGUGUUCUGGGACAGAAAGGAAACCCCGGGCCUCUGGGGCCUAAAGGUGACAGGGGCCCGCUCGGGGAGACUGGUCUCAGAGGACUAAUAGGACAGAUAGGACCUCCAGGACCUCCUGGAAUUGGCCUUCCAGGGCCUCCGGGAUCUAAAGGCAAUGCGGGAGUCCUGGGGAAGCGAGGAGAUCCUGGAGGACCAGGUGAAAAAGGUUCUCCUGGUGAAAUCAACACCUCUCCAGGAGAUCCGGGUCAGAAAGGAGAGAAAGGUUUACCUGGAAACCCUGGACCUGAAGGUGGGACAGGACGUCCAGGUGUUCCAGGAUUUGUUGGUCCGAAGGGAGAAAGAGGAGAGAAUGGAUUCUCAGUCCAGGGUCCUCCAGGCUUCCCAGGGGUCAAAGGAACCAAGGGCCCUCCAGGAGUUCCAGGUUUAACAAGUUUUGGUAUCAAGGGACGGGCCGGCCCGUCAGGCCCCCCAGGGAUGCCGGGCCCCAAGGGGGGCAGCGGUCUGGGUUUCCCAGGCCAGCAGGGUCAGUCAGGACCCCAGGGAGAAGACGGCUCUGUUGGGCCCCACGGAAACCCCGGAGGCCAAGGACCGGAUGGAGCUCCAGGACCUCCAGGACAAGACGGACCCCCCGGACCCAAAGGUCGGAGCGGUCUGGAUGGGUUACGGGGUCCUGUUGGUUUGGUUGGACCCUGUUUACCUGGAUCUCCUGGACCUGAAAGAGCGGACGGACCAAUGGGAUUCAUCGGAUUUACAGGGAUGCAGGGCCGGAAGGGCCCGCACGGGGACCCUGGGGGGCCGGGCGUGGGGCCCCCGGGGUCCCAGGGGCCUCAGGGGGCCCCUGGGUGGGAUGGACCACCGGGACCAGCAGGAGACGGUGGACCCAAGGGCCUGAGAGGGAGUAACGGGGAGACAGGAAGCACAGGUCCCAGAGGAGAUGUGGGUCCUCCAGGAGCCCUCGGGAGUCCAGGGGAUGACGGGCAACCAGGAGAAACUGGACCAGCAGGACCCAAAGGGGAGACGGGUGUCGAUGGGACCAGGAGUGAUCCGGGACCUCCUGGGCCUCCGGGGAACCGAGGAGAAACCGGACCCAAAGGAUUCCCGACCGCUGUGGAGAUGUACGGAGACCCUGGCGACCCUGGAGAUCCUGGGCCCCCAGGUCUCACUGGUAGUAAAGGAGAGACAGGCA